AUGGAAGCUCUUCGAUCCUCUACAAAGCGUGCUCACUCCGCUACCCCUCCACCUGAUAACAGCGUACCUCAAGUCGAUGGUGCCUGUCUAGGUAAACCAGAUGCUGCUGGAGAUGCUGCUCCUCCCGCAAAAGCUGUCAAGGCGGGCGAGACUGCUGCUUCUCCAGAAGCUGAUAGCAAGCCGUCCAUGCCGGCCAUGCCAUUUUUCCUGCGGUUAGAGGAAGCAGAUACGAAAGAGAAAUAUGCUGAGUUGGUUCGUCUCGAGAAUGAGCGUCUUGCCAGAGGCAACGAUGAUCCAGAAUGGGGCCGUCUGAACCCGGAUCCAGUUCUUGAUCGUUAUAACAACAUUCAUCCUUGGGCCGUCAAUCGUAUCAAGCUUCAGGUCCCAGAAGGCGUCAACGACUACAUUAAUGCGUCGCCAGUGACUUUGGUUUCAACUGCCAGUACCCAAAGUACCCUCAAGAAAGGAAUUCAAGACAAGUACAUAUGUAUGCAGGGUCCAAAGAAGCAAACAGUUGACCAUGUUUGGCACAUGGUCUGGCACGAACUAGCGACACCUUACAACAGUUCACCCGCAGUCAUCAUUAUGCUUAGCCCAACUCAUGGCCCUGAUCCGAAUGAUCCCACUAAGCAAAUGGAGAAAUGCUAUCCAUAUUUCCCUAUGGAGGAGGGGCACGAGAUCAUGAUCAAUGAAACAAACGAGCUUGGAGAUGAUUUCAAAGGGAAGAUUACUUUUGUUUCGAGAGAGCCCGGCAUUCCAGGUACAUCAAUCGAAGUGCGCAAAUUUGAAAUGACUGUAGAGGGCGAAGACGAGGAGAAGCCUAUUUUCCAUUACCUCUACCCUAGCUGGCCGGAUUUUGGCGCAUUGGCAGAGGAGAAUGUUGCCAGCAUUCUUACCUUGAUGGAGGUCUCUCGAAAAGCCAAUGGCAGAGGUGAAAAUCCGCGGCUUGUCCACUGCAGCGCCGGUGUUGGACGUACUGGUACUUUCGUUGCGUUGGAAUUCUUGCUUGGCGAACUGCUAGGUGGCUCAUGGGAGAACUGGGAAGAAAAACACGCUGGAGAAGAUCCGGUAUUUCAAACCGUCAACCAGCUUCGUGAACAGAGAAAGACCAUGGUUCAAGCGUAUGAGCAAUAUGCAUUCCUAUACGAAGUGCUGAGAAAGUUGUGGGAGGAGAAAUACGAAGCUCCGUGUGUGGGAGGAGAGCAUGCUCACGAGAAAAGGGCGGAGAUGGCGAAGAGAAAGGAAGUUUGCGAUACGGUGGAAGAUGGUAACCAGAAGGACGUUUGCGGGACGAUUGAUUGA